AUGGCGGACGUCAUGAACAGUAAUAAAAGUAAAAUAAGCUUCAACUUGGAUGGCCGUGAUGCACUUGUCUCGAAUAGAAAUGAAUAUACUGAAGUUAAUGAUAGCAGUCAGCUUUCUCAAUCGGAAUCAAUUGAAUGUCCGUGGUUCAAACUAUGUCAGGAAUAUGUUCGAAGUCUAGGUUGGCAAAAAUGCUUUUUUACACUCAAACACGAUCAGUGUUACUGCAACCACUGCUAUUCAGCAUCGUUACCUAGUGUGAUUUUAGCGGCUGGGCACAGAUAUGUUGUACCACGAGGAUAUGCAGGCUUUGGUCUUACUGUCGAUCCAGCACUUGCUAACUAUCAUCAACUGUGGAGCAAAUGGCUCGUUACUUACCAUGGUACAAGCCAAUAUGCAGCGGAGUCCAUACUUGCAAACCGCCAAUUUCUUAUACCUGGUGAUAGACUAUUGAAUGGAACCCUUCUCGGCAUACGACCAGGUCAUAUUCCUGGCAAAAAACAUAUUUACACAUCACCAUCAAUACGCUACUCAAGCCUUGAAGUUUACAGUGUUCUUAAUAACUUUACUUCUUCAUCUGGACAAAGGUAUACGGCCCAACUAGUGUUUCAAUGUCGUCAAAAGCCGAAUACAUUUAAGGUACAGCGUGAAACCGUGGGAAAAGGGGAUCAGCCCAUUUGUGAGUUUAUCAGCAACGAAGAAAUUGAAUAUUUCACUGAGAUUCGUGCGUCACUGGUUCCGUAUCGAUUGCUUGUUCUGUUAAAAGAAGUGUCUUAGACUUGUAACUCAGAGGAUUGUCUUUUUAAGACUCUCUUUGCGUUCUCUUUAAAAUUUCAACUUGUAUUCAAGUAUGUAUAUUUUUUCCAUAAAGCAAAGCAUUUUAAACAGAUAACCUAAAAUAUACUUCAUGGUGUGAGGGUGUGGGUGUGGGUGUGUGGGUGUUGGUGUGGGUAUGGGUGUAGGUGGGGGUGGGAGUGUGAACAGCUACCAUGAUAUAUAGAUUUCAUCAUUACCAAAGGAAUCAUCAGAUGGCAAUUAAUCUUAAUAAUUUUUUACGACAAAUCACAAGACUAUUUUAUAUCUGACAUAUAUAUAGAAUCAAAACUCAUAUGCAUAUGUUGAUAAAUUCAAGAAACUGUAGCGUGAACAGCUACCAUGAUCUAUAGAUUUCAUUUCCCAUGUUUGGAUGUCAGUUAUUGUUUUUUUUCAAAUUAUUUGUAGACAUAUAUCUGAAAAAACAAAAAGAAAUUUGAACUUCAUUUGAAAUUUGAUUGGAUUAAAUUUCGAAUCAAUGUGAUACAUUUUUAUUUAUUUGAUAGGAUGUAUGAAUAAAUUAUUGAUAUGGUUUGUUUUUCGAAUUGUUUAUAAUGAUGCUUUUAUUGUUUUGUGGAGUAAUCGUCCUGAGUAGAGAAACUUGCUUGUCAUUGGUAUUCGGUCUGUGUAGGUGUGGUGAUAGUUGUAGUUUGUUGUAGGGUCGUUUUCUUUUUUUCGAAUUUUCCUCAUUGAGGGUGUGGAUGUGGGUGUGGGUGUGGGUGUGGGUGUCGGUGUGGGUGUGGGUGUGGGUGUGGGUGUGGGUGUGGGUGUGGGUGAAAUGGAUGUGGACGUAAGUGCUACUGUUAUGAUUGACACCCACACCCACAUCCACACCCACACCCACACCCCACCCACACCCACACCCAUACCCACACCCACCCACACCCACACCCCACCCACACCCACACCCAUACCCACACCCACCCACACCCACACCCCACCCACACCCACACCCAUACCCACACCCACCCACACCCACACCC